CACUACAUAUUUCUAUGCCUAUGUAACACAAAAAGUUAACACUAUAUUACUUCCAUAACAUUUCUUUAUUACCACUGCAGUAAGAACUGUUUCUCAUUAAGUAAACUUAAAAGAAUCGAAUGUGACAUGCUGGUCUGCACUCUUCAGUUUUACAAAUGUUUCAUGUUACUGUUCUACGUAUUCAUGCAACCUGGAAAGAAAAAAACUGAGUUUAUCAGACAAAAAGAACCUCUCCUCAAAAUUCAGCUCACUACUGAAACGACAUGAAAGGCACUUUUAGAGAACAAAGCAAAAGUGUUUUGCAAUUGCCCAAAAUCUUAUUGUUUCCCCAUCUGCUGCUCCCCCUUAAAUAAGCAAACAAUCUCUCCUUGUUCAUACCCUCCCCCUAAUUCCAUCUCUUCUCCAAAUGUUGCGGGUAGGAAAUCCUUUGGAGGCGCCCCCCCCUUUCAGUGACAUCAUAUAUGGGCUGACUUUUAAGCCUAGGCAUGCAUUUGUUUAAGAAACACACCCAAGUGUGCUGUAUAUGGAAGUAAGGUCAGCUGUUGCUGGUUAGUGCAUUUCAGCAUGCAAGUACAAGGCAAAAGCAGAGCAGCUUCAAAAAAUGUCUGUGUUUUUUGGAGUAGAAGAAAAUGAUUGUGAUAGUUAAUUCUCUUAUUAAAUUAAAUGGGGUGAUACAUACUUGGAUGUAAUACAUGGCAAGCCAAAGCAACAGUUCUCUCUAGAACGACAUUAAUUACUGGGCAACUGUACUGACUUCAGGAGGAGAAUAUACACAGAAAAAGCCUCUGGAUUUUUACUUCAAAGGAAAAAGUUGUUGCAAGUUUACUUGAAAAUGAGAACAUUCUCAUGGAUUCUGAAUUUGCUGCUACUACUAUUAUUAUCCAAUGGACCCUAUACAGAACAGUCUAAGCUCAAUAAAAACUCUCCGAGACGACUUCCACGUUCUACAGAAGCAGGAGAGGAGGGGAGAAAAUGUGGCUACACUUUUAUUGUCCCUGAACAAAAAAUAACUGGACCAAUUUGUGUCAACACCAGAGGCCCAAGUACAGAGAACAAAAGAGAUGAAAUUACUAGAAUGGAUCUUGAGAAUCUGAAAGAUGUAUUAUCCAAACAAAAGCGAGAGAUUGAUCUCUUGCAGCUAGUGGUGGAUGUUGAUGGCAAUAUAGUAAAUGAAGUAAAACUGCUGAGAAAAGAGAGCCGUAACAUGAAUUCCCGGGUAACUCAGCUGUAUAUGCAGCUCCUACAUGAGAUAAUCCGCAAACGGGACAAUUCACUCGAGCUUUCCCAGCUGGAAAACAAAAUCCUCAACGUCACAACCGAAAUGCUAAAGAUGACAUCAAGAUAUAGAGAGCUUGAAGUAAAAUAUGCGGCAUUAACUGAUCUUGUCAAUAAUCAAUCAGUUAUCAUCUCAUUGUUGGAAGAACAGUGCCUACGGAUAUUCUCACGGCAAGACACACAUGGUUCUCCACCUUUAGUUCCAGUGGUACCACACCACAUUCCUAACAGUCAACAGUACACUCCAGGACUCCAUGGAAGUAAUGAAAUUCAGAGAGAUCCCAGCUAUCCUAGAGACAGAGAUGUAAGGCCACCUCCUGAUCCAGCUACGACACCUACAAAAAGCCCUUUCAAGAUUCCACCAUUAACUUUAAUCAAUGAAGGACCAUUCAAAGACUGCCAAGAAGCCAAACAAGCUGGCUAUUCCAGUACCGGGAUUUAUAUGAUCAAGUCUGAGAACAGCCAUGGGCCAGUGCAGUUAUGGUGUGAGAACAGCCUUGAUCCUGGGGGCUGGACAGUAAUACAAAAGCGAAUGGAUGGUUCUGUGAAUUUCUUCACAAACUGGGAUAAUUACAAGAAAGGAUUUGGAAAUGUUGCAGGAGAAUACUGGCUGGGACUGGAAAACAUUUACUUGCUUUCUAAUCAGGACAAUUACAGACUUCUGAUUGAACUAGAAGACUGGAGUAAUAAAAAAGUAUAUGCAGAAUACAGCAGUUUUCGAUUGGAGCCAGAAAGUGAAUUUUAUCGAUUGCGUCUAGGCACUUACCAAGGGAAUGCUGGUGACUCCAUGAUAUGGCACAACGGAAAACAAUUUACAACACUGGAUCGAGACAGAGAUAUGUACACAGGAAACUGUGCUCAUUUUCAUAAAGGAGGUUGGUGGUACAAUGCCUGUGCUCAUUCUAAUCUCAAUGGAGUGUGGUACAGAGGAGGACAUUACAGAAGCAAGCACCAGGAUGGAAUAUUUUGGGCUGAGUAUAGAGGUGGCUCAUACUCCUUAAAAGCAGUUCAGAUGAUGAUCAGGCCCAUUGACUGAGACACUCCAAUUGUUUAAAAAAAUCAAGCCUGCUCUUGAAUUUCAAAGAGAUGUUGCAUUUGUUCUGCAGAGUUCCUUAAAGUAUUUUUUGAACAUUUCUUGUUGCAACAUUGUAUAUGUUCAUUAUACAAGUUCUUAAUUGCUCACAAACCAGGAGAAAGCUGCAAUUAAAAUCAUAUAUCAAUCCAAGAUGUAUGGGCUUUCGUUAAGCUCACUAAUUAUGUAAGCUACAGAAAAAGUUAUGAAUAUUGAAUGGCUGAGCUCUGAAACUAAAGUAUGAGAUACUGUCCUUGUGCAUUAAGUGUGCAAAUCAAUUCAUUUUCAUAGGUUUAAAACUAUUUAUGUUUUUGUUUCAAAGUGGAGAUCUGGUUUUUUGAGGCCCCAAACAGACAAAAAACCAGAAAGAAGCUCUGGUUUUGCAAGCAUAUUUUGCAUCAAAUAAAGCAUUGUUAUUUCAAUGUAGCAUUGGUUACUAUUGUAUACGACAGCUUUUAUCGGACACUGCUUUUUACAGAGUUAACUAUUGUAUAGUACAGCUUUUAUGCUACCCUUGGGAUAGGGAGUUUAAGUUUAUACUUUAAUUCUAAAUAAAACUUUAAAAAUGUUAGUAUUUAUACC